GACGCCCCGCACUCCCGCGCUAAGAUUUGGCGGGAAAAGGUGUAUGGGAGAGUAGAGUCGCGUGCGGGUCAUACCUUGCCACCAGCGACAACAUUGACCUGUGUUCGUGUGUCUGUCUGUGGCCGUGCAUCCGCCUGUCUGUCUGUCUGGGAUCAAUAGUUCUGUGCAGCCCGGUCUGGAGUGGGUCGCCGCCAUGUUGGAGCUGGAGGCCGAGGCGGAGUGGUCGCAGGAAGGCCCCACGCUCAGCAACGACAUCUGGAAGAAGUUUCAGCUCAUCCCAACACCCCCGCGCUCGCCCUCCCACGAGACGGACUUCACGAAUUCUGACCUCACCCUCGACCUGGCCUUCUCGCCCUUCGAAAUCCCGUGCCUGGAGACCAAUGAUUUCGACCUCGACUUGGACCUUCUUCCCGACCACCUGCCCAGCUGCGGGGGGCCGGGGGGACUGCCGUGCGCCAAGGGGACGUGCACCAGCUGUACCCAGUUGGCCCUAGCAGGCUCUGAGCUUCGCCAUGAUUGUAUGUGGCGAGGGACGUGUUCUGCGGAGGCCCACGCGUACCACCCUCGGGACCCACAACAUCGGACACAUAGGGAAAGCACCUCACACUUCCCUGAGCUACUCCUCGACCCUUCCGUCCUGGAGUGCGCGGCUGGGUUCACACGCCUGGAUGACCUAGACGAUGACGAGGAUGAGGAGGAUGAGGAUAUGGAGGUAGAGGAAGAAGAGGAGGAGGAGGAAGACGAGGAAGAUGACCUGGCUGCGAGACCUGACACGCCUUCAGAGUCCUCGGAAACGGAUACGGACGAGGAGCAAGGCGACGAGGAGGAGGAUGAGGACGACGAUGAAGGGGAUGAGGCGCCUGUGGUUCACGUAGAUCACACCUACUACUGCCCCCGCGCCCCCUCGCCACGCCUCGCACACGCCCCCGCUAACGCCCCCACGCCCGCCCUGCCGCACACGCCCUCAGAGUCCGAGGACGAGAUUGAUGUGGUCAGCGUGGGUAGUGCUGACAGCGCCUACAGCAGCAGCAGCAGCAGGAGUAGUGGCGGGAAAAGCAGUAGCAGGGCGGUGGAGAAGAGGAAAAGAGGUGGAGUGGUGAGCAGAACCAGCGGAGGUGACCCAACAUCCCUUACCCUCUCCACCCCUACACCGGCUGUCCCCUCCACCACCACCCCCGACCUGCCCACCGCCGCCGCCACCACCACCACCUCCUUCACACCAGUAAGCCCCAGAAAGGUGUUGAAAGCCAGGAGUAACACCACCACCACCACCACCGCCUCCACCUCCAGUAAAUCCAGCAGACACAACAGACGCCUUCACCACCUCCAAAUCACAGAGAAGAGAAAAUCCACCACCAGUUCGCAUCCCUCCACCACCACUUCCACCAACCACAUGACACAUCCCCCACCACACACCUCCACCGCAGCCUCACCCACCAACACCAACACGCCCUACACCACACGGCCGCUCAAGAGGAUACACCGCAGCUCCAGUCACCACCACAGCCACCACCACCACGGAAGGAAAAAGAAAAACAACAGGGGCUCCGACGACGACCCGGAGAGACGCCACCUCCACAACUCCCUGGAAAGGAUGCGAAGAGUCGACCUCAGGAAUGCGUUUGAGGACCUAAGGAACCUCGUGCCGGAUCUCUGUGACCGGGAAAAGGCGCCGAAGGUUGAGAUUCUGCGAAGGGCCUCUGAACACUGCUACAGCCUGACGCAGCGGGAAAGACUACUGAGCCAAGAGAAAGAGAAGCAGAAGCGAGUACAGGGUGAGCUUAGGAGACGUCUCGCGGCCCUCCAAAAGCAACACGGUAGAUUGUAGGCGUCUGUGUGUGUGUGAGAGUGUAUACAUGUGUGAUUUACCUGUCUAGAUACAUACAUACACACCUGUCUUACUCCAUACCUGUGUUUACCUCGUUUGGAGUGAUUGCAGAUGUGUGUGUGUACUUGCCUACCUACCAUCCUGGCCCCUGUGUGUGUGUGUGUGAGUGUGUGCGGGGUCAGGUAGGGUGUGUGUACGGCUGCCUGGCCCCGCGUGUACGUUUUUGUGUGUACGUGUGAGGGUCAGGAAACUUGUGUACGUCCUUAGGUCACGUUGGUGCCUGCCGUAAGGGCCGUGUGUGUACGUGUGUGCGUGUGUGUGUACGGUUAAGAUUUUUUGGUAUGCAGUUUGUAGUUCGCUAAGCAAAUCAAAUUACUACCUGUGUGUGUGUGUGUGUGUGUGUGUGUGUGUGUGUGUGUGUGUGUGUGUGUUCAUUAUUCUCAACUGGUAUCAUCAUUACUACAACUACUGCUAUUAGGAUUACCUUCUAUGACUACUACUACUACUAUUACUACUACUACUACUACUACUUCUACUAUACCACAAUACCUACUAUCCCUGCUAUUACUACUACUACUACUACUACUACUACUACUCUCGGCGUGUUAGGUAGUGUUAGCGUCGUUGUCACGGAUGUACCUUGGGCCGCGAUGAGCCGGGCAGGUGAGCGGCCACACCUGUAGGGUUAAUUAAUAUAGUGGCUAAUUAUACUUUGUGAUAUUUACCUGUCUAGAACGCGAGAGAAAGUGAAAGUGAGAGAGUGAGAGGGAAAGUGAGUGUAGGUAAAGUAUCUAGCUUACCUGUAAUUAACUUUUUUUGCACUUUUGUAAGGUGAUUAAGAGGGUGUUUUUGGACCUCAUUAAUUGCGUUUUCUAGGCUCGUGUCAGUAGGUUUUUUUUUUAUAUAAAUAUAAUCGUAGGAUGUAACUUUUUUUGUUUGUUUUGUUUUCUUGAUCAUGUUUCAGAAAAGGCCAUUAUUCAGAGGGUUGCUAAUGAUGAUGAUGAUGAUGAUGAACUUUCCUCAGAGAUUGACUUAAUUAAAACAGAGAAAUAACUAAUAAUUAAGAAAGCGUAUGUGUGUGUUUGUUUGUGUGUGUUAAAAAGAGAUAAAUAGAUACGAUGAUAAUUACAUUUUUAUCAUUAUUAUCAUUAUUAUUACUAUCAUUAUAUACGGUUGUCAAUUGUAAUUAUUAUACUUGUAAGAAUUAAUGAUAUAAUAAUUGUAGGGUGUUUGUUAUGAGAAUAUUAUCAUUAUCGGAGGUUUAAUAAGUAAUAGAAGAUGGGCUUGAACUGUUGUUGUUAUUAUUAUUAUUAUUAUUAUUAUUAUUAUUAUUAUUAUUAUUAUUUUCGGCCCCCCUGUCAGUUGCCAUGUUACGAUUUAAGUUGAACGUGAGAACACCACACUGCUCUCUCUCUCUCUCUCUCUCUCUCUCUCUCUCUCUCUCUCUCUCUCUCUCUCUCUCUCAUCAGUAUAUAUACGUAUCAAUAUUAUUUUUUUCUUUUUUCUACAUUAAUAUCUUCACUUUUAUCAAUUUACCUUUAAUAUUUUCUCCUCCUCCUCCUCCUCCUCCUCUUCCUCUUCUUCUUCCUCCUGUAGUGUCGCUGUCUCCUCACACUUCCUCGCAUUCUGUUAUGAAAAUUAUUAUUAUUAUUAUUAUUAUUAUUAUUAUUACUAUUAUCAUCAUAUCUUUAUUAUUAUUAUUAUUAUUAGUUUUAGUUAAGUGGUCUCCCCUAACACUACUUUCCCUUACUACUACUACUACUACUAUUUUUAUUGGUCUUCUUCAGCGCCAGUAACAACUUGCAAGACAGUUUUAAUUGGUUGUUUUAUUGGUUGUUUGAAUGCCACAAGAUCACCAUUCAUUAUUCAGUUCAUAUUCUCAUUUUCCGUUUUUCUUUUAUUUAUUCAGUUUUUUCUUUUCUUUUUUUCCCUUUUCCUUUUUUUUCUGUUUUUGUUUGUUUUUGUUUUUCCGAGUUUCCAAACGUUUCCAGCGAACGUGACUGAUGAUGCCUCGACAGACUGACCAAUUGAGUGCUUGGUUAUUUUUUUUUUCUUUUUCUUUUUCGUUUGCGUGUAAAUAAUAUAAAUAACAAUAAUAAUAAUACCACGGUAACAUUAUAUAUAUUUUUUCCAUUGUCUUUGAGCCACGUGUUGUUGUUUUCCCUUUUCUUUAUCAUAACAUAUAUAUUAAAAAAGCAAGAAAUAUAUAUAGAGAUAAAAACACGUAUGGACUGAAGGGCAUUAAAUAGUUAUCCAUCAGAGUUACUAUUACAACUAUUACUAUUAUUAUUAUCAUUACUACUACUACUAUUAUGAUAAGCCUGUGUACCAUUGCUAUGUUUACUAUUUAUACAUAUACAUACUUUUUUUUCUCAAGGGUUUGGGAAGAAGCGUUUAGGUAUGAUAAUGAUAUGUUGGUUAAUUAGAUAUGAGGUGAGGAAACAUUGCCAGGUAGAGGUAUUAUUGUCAUUAUUAUUGUGACUACUAGUGUUAUGUAGACCUGUUUGCCAUAUAUGUGAAGAGAGAGAAAGAAGGAGGAAGGAAAUGUAAGAAUGUUGGUAAUUUGAAGAUUCGUUUUUUAUAUAUAUUAAUUUGAUGGUUUCCUACUUUUUAUUUUGAUUUCUUACUUUUUCUUUUCUUUUUUCGUCCUCUUCUUCCUCUUUCGUGUCAGGUGUUAUGUGAAGGAUUUGAAAUUUUCCUUCUACUCCACAAUUUACUUUUUUAUUUUCAUUUACCUCCUUUCUUUUUUUUCUUCCUCAUUGUUUUUAUUUUCAUUUUCCUCAUUCUCUUUUUCUUCCUCUCGUUGUUUUGAUUUUUAUUUUCAUUUUCCUCCUCUGUUUUCUUUUUUUCUUUUUCCUCGUUAUGACAAAUUUAUAUAUUCAGGUUUUUUCUUUUAUUUUUUCCAUUGGCUUUUUUAUUUUAUUUGCCUUCAUUGCUCCGUCUCCCUUUUUUUAUCUUUACUUCAUUUUUAUUGUUUUCCUAAAUUUUCUUAAUAUCUUUUUCUUACUUUUUUGUUUUCUUUCGUUUUUGUUCCUCUUCCUUUCUUCUUUUUAUCUUUUAUGUUUGUUUUCUCACCUCAAGUUUUUAUUUAAAGAUUUUCCCAAUUUUUAUCAGAAUUCUCUUUUAUUUGUUUUCUUAUACCUUUUGUUUUCCUUUUUUUCCCUUUUUCUUUCACUUCUCACGUGCAGCUAAUCUAAUCUUACCUGCUUGUCACUCUCUCUCUCUCUCUCUCUCUCUCUCUCUCUCUCUCUCUCUCUCUCUCUCUCUCUCGCAUUGCAUCAUAUUUCUUAACAUCUAUCUACUUUUUUCUAUUCAAAUUUUUAUCUAUACCAUCUUUCUACUUUUUCAUAUAUCCAAAUUUUCAUUUCUCAUUUCUUUCCUCUAUUUUCUUCUACUUUUUUUUUUAUCUAAUCUCUAUCUACGAAUACAAAUAUCAAGCAAUAAUUAAAACAAUGUUGAAAUUACUAAAAUAUUCUAAUCAUUAAGAGAAAUAGUAAUAACGUUGACAUUACAGAGAAUAUAUCCAUAAUUAAUUUCUUUGAGUUCUAUAAUAGUGGGUUUUUUUCCCUUCCUUUUCAAAUUGUCACUUUUUCCUAGAAUGUGAUGUUUUUCGAAGGAUAUUUUAAGGGUCCGUUUUGGGGGUUGUUUAGCGUUGAAAGUCGGCCUCGUAAGAAGGGUUUAAUAGGCCUUGUCGUGCUAGUGAAAUGGUUUAGGAAGACAAGAACGUAGGCCUAUAAUGUAUCAGUGAAAUUUAGCUUUGUUGUAGUAGCCAUGAGAAUUUUUUGGCCUGUCUAAACUCAUCUUUUUCUUUCUACAGAGACUGAAGUGCUUUUUUGUGAUUCUUCUUUACUCUUAUUUUCCUUUCUUUCUAUUUUUGUGAACUUUUUCCUUUCUUCCUCAACUUUUUUUUUUCUUCUAUUUUUGUCAACUUUUUCCUUUCUUCCUCGACUUAUUUUUCUUUUUUCAUCUAUUUUUGUCAACUUUUUCCUUUCUUUCUCAACUUUUUUUUCUUUCUGAGCAUUUUUUUCUGAUUUCAUUCUUCUCUUUCCUAUUUUUUUUCCCUUCUCCCAUCUAUUUUCUCAAGUCUUUCGUCCUCUUUCAUUUCUUUUCCAAUUUCAUUCUUCUCAUAUUUUUUUCCUUUUCUCGUGCCUGCCUUUUCCUUUCCUUUCCAUCCUUCCCUUUCAGCCUUCCUCUCCCUUUCCUUAAUUUUACCUUUCUCUACCUUCCUUCAUCUCCUCUUUCCUUCUUACCUACUUUCUCUCCUUGCUUCCUUCCCAUUUCCUUCAUAUUGGCCUUCCCUAUCUUGCUUCGUGCCUCUCUCUUCCUUCCUUCCUUCUUUCUUUCCUUCCUUUUUUCUCACCUUUGAAAGUUUGUUGCUAUGAGCGAGAUAUCUAUUGAAAAAAAAAUCCUCCCAUUGCCCCUCUCUCUUCCCCUUCCUCCCCCUGCUCCUCCUCCUCCUCCACCCCUCCCCCUCCCUCCCCACGUUGCCCACAGUGGGAGGCCGUAGCGUAUAAGGACAACAUAUUAUUACUCCUGCUCAAUUUUUUGCUCUAUCGGAUUAUUUUUGUAGGAAAAGAUUCAGAAAAAAAACAACAAAUAGCCAAAAAAUAUUUAUACAAGGCUUUUGGAAGCGUUUGUGUGAAAGUUGAGUGUUUUUGUUUUGUUUUUCAUUUUAUUUGUUUAUUUUUUGUUUACUGUUUGUGUGUGUGUGUGUGUGUGUGUAUUUUGUGCAAAGAAAUACAACAACAAUACAUAAGAAAGUUGAUGUAGAAGAGAUCAUUUAAUUCUUUUCUUUUUUUAUACCAGAGUACGUGUGUGUGUGUGUGUGUGUGUGUCUUGUAAAUUGCUGUACAUUGUAUUACGUUUAAGGUCUAGAAAAAGAAGAAUGCAAAGGAAAAAGUGUGUUUGUAUUUUGCCAUUAUCAUUAUUAUUAUUAUUAUGCUUUACAAGGGAUUCAUUAUUAUUAUUAUUAUUAUUAUUAUUAUUAUUAUUAUUAUGUUGCCCACGAGCUCAGGUGUUGCUUUGUACCUUUAGCUGAGUUCUCUAUUAAAGAUGUAUAAUUAAA